AUGGGUAUAUUAUUUGUACAGCAUACUUAUCGGGAUGCCAAGCUCUGGCCUGGUGGAAGUCGUGCUUGGGACUGGCGAGAGACGGGCACAGGACAUCUACCAGGAAUUCAAAUAGCUGAUAUCGUAGAACUUCUUCUCACCGACCCGACUCAUAUUGUUCUUUCCCGUGGUGUACUCGGUGUGCUUCAAGUACCCCAAGCUACCAUCGAUCACAUUAAGGCUCAUCCUAGUGUCCAAGAGUUAAUUAUCGAGCGAUCGUACGCUGCUCGAAACACUUACAAUGCACUUGUCAGUGCUGGACAUCGUGUGGCUGGACUUAUUCACACCACUUGCUAG